AUGGACAAAUCCUUCCUCCACAUAGAUUUUUUGCACUUGAAGGAGCAAUUGGCUCAGUCUCAGGAGGAGAUCGCAGAUGGACUGUCUUCGAUCAGCGAUCUCAUGCAACAAGUGGAUGGUUUGACUCCCCUAGAGGGUCAGUUGGCACUUUCGCAGGCGGAGAACGCCAACCUACGUCGUCAGCUUGCGGAACACCUCGAGAUAUACGACCAGUUGCAGGUGGUGGAGCAUGAUAGGGAUCAGGCUAUAGCUGAACACCGAGCUCUCCUCGACACACUGAACAGUGCUAUACUCGGAUCCGGUCGUCUGCGUUGA